CACACAACUUUUUUCAUAGAUCUUCAUUAUCAAACACAAUGGGAAAGGACAAAAGAAAAGCAAUUAAGCAUCGUAUUAAUCCUCUUGGUACAAAACUUAAUGCCAAUGUUCAACAAGGUAUUAAUGAACCACAAAUGACCCUUCAACCCGAGCAAGUUCUUCCUGUCAUUGAUAAGCUAUCUUCAAUUGAUUCUACCGAAAGAGGUUGGGCUGCUGCCUGUGUUUCUAAUUUAGUCAUGUCAAAUCCUGCUAAUCUCAAGUUAUUAUUGUCAAAGGGUGUUGUUGGUCAAUUGAUCAAAUUAUUAAGUGACGAAACUCGUGAGGUUGUUGAAGAGGCUCUAGGAACCUUGAGAAAUUUGUGUACAGUUGAUCCCGAUGUGUGUCAAGAAUAUUUUGCAAAGGAUAUCUUGACUCCCCUAAGUGCUCUCCUUCCACAGAUUUCUCAAACUAUUGAUCUUGUUCUUAAAGAUGCACCUCUUGUUGAUAAAGCUGAUCAAGAUAAAAGAACUUCUGUUUGGGAUGUUGCUGAAAACUUUAUCUAUAUUAUUUGGAGUUUAAGUGAAACUUCAGAUAAAUAUAUUAAAGCUAUUAAUCGUCUUAAUAUCGUCACUUUUUUGAUUUCAUUCAUGUCUUCUGCUGACCAAUGCCCUACUAAAGUUGUUGUUGCUGCCGGACAAUGUUUAACUACACUUACAGAUGAUAACAAAGACAUUUAUAUUGAAUUUCAAAACCAUCCUGAAUAUAUUCAAACACUUUUAAGCAUUUUAACUAAAUUUGAAAGUCCUGACAAAACACUUGUUCGUGUUUUAGCAUGCGCUAUAUUAAUGAAUGUUCGUGAGGUUGUACAGCUAUCAGGUUCUUGGGCAGAUGAGCAUGAUGCAUUAGAAGAAUUAAAUAAGAUAGUUAUGCCCAUCUUAAUAUCAUCUUUAGAUUUUGAUAUCCAAAAGGCUGCAGAAGAAACAAAACAAGCUCUUAAUAGUGGAAAUGUUACCAAACAAGAUGAAAGUACCGAAAUUACACCAAAACCUAAGCAACCCAUUACUAAAGAAGAUAUGUUUAUACAAAACGUAGAAGAACGAUUAGCAACUAUCCAAUUAUCCUUCGAGUUAUUAUCUGAUAUCUGUUUGCAAGGUGACACAGAAGAGGAUGGAUGGGAAGAUGCUGGUGAGGAUAUGGAAGAAGAUGCAGAAGAUAUGACAGAGAAUUUGAAUGAAGAUAAUGUUGAUGAGUAUCUUCGUGAUGCAGAUAAACUCGGAGAAAGUAGUUCAGUAGCCCUUGAUGAAGCAUCCAUUCGAUCUAAUCCUGUCCUUCAAGAUUUUAUAUGCAAAGUUUAUCCAAAAUUACUUGAAUUUGCAACUCCAAGUGUCUUGUCAUUUACAUCCUCUCAAGAUAGUAUAAUACAAAACCUAAAUCUUACUCAUCAACGUGCUCUAGAAUGUUUGAAUAAUUUCUUAUUAGCAAUGAAUGAAAUACCAUCCAAGUUUUGGUUUAAAGAACAAGCGAAUGAUGCCAUAAAGACUUGGAAUUGGUUAUUUUCUAUUGCUCAUACCAUAGGUUCUACUUCUGCAACUGAAGAUCGUGAGAAUGCUCUUGAAGUUAUUGUUGGCUGUCUUUGGGCACUUGGUAGAGGAUUAGGACAAAAUAUCCCCUUAGAAGCAUCUCAUGUACCAACAUUAUGUGGUGCGUAUAAGACAACUCAUAAAGAAUCUAUGCAAGUCAAAAUUGUAGGCUGUUUAGGUCCUAUUGCAGUAAGACAAGGUGAUAUUAAUACAAAUAAGGCCAUUGGUGUUUUCAUUAUGGAAAUACUGCGUAACAUUGGUUCCCGUAAUACGAAACCAGAUGUUGCUGUUGAAGCAUUAAAUUUUAUGUUUGAUGUUUAUAGUGACUGUGCGUUUGACUAUGAUGAGUCUGUAUUUGUUCAAGGCAAUUUUAAUAAUGAAUUAAAGCAAAUUACUUCUGCAUUUAGAUCAAUGGUGAAAUCUAUUGAUCGACGAAAGAAUUUCGAUUUAAGACAUAGAUGCGAUGAAGCUUUGAUGAAUUUAGUUGCUUUUGUAAAAUAUAAGGACUCUGAAAGAAGAUCAUAGAUUGAAAUGGCUAUUACUUUUAGUAGGAUAAGCAUUCUACUUGUUCAUAUUCUCAUAGAAAAAAUAAAUAAAUAAAUAAAA